AUGAUUGGAUUAUUGCGGUAUUUGUGCAAUACGCGACCGGACUUGACAUUUAGUGUUGGUAUUGCUAGUAGAGUCAUGGAGAGACCGAAUGUGUCUCAUUUGGAGGCGGUCAAGAGGAUCCUUAGAUAUGUUAAAGGAACUCUUGGUUGUGGAAUUCUUUUUCCGGCAUCGGAUACGGGCCAAAAAUGUGAUUUACUUGGUUUCACCGAUUCCAAUUGGUGUGGUGAUAGGGUUGAUAGAAAGUCAAUGGAUGGAUGCAUCUUUAUGUUUGGUAGGACACCAAUCUCUUGGUGUUCAAAAAAGGAACCGGUGGUAGCACUCUCGUCUUGUGAGGCCGAGUAUAUUGCGGCAUCGUUGUGUGCUUUCCAAUCCAUGUGGCUUAUGAAUCUAUUGAAGGGGUUGGAUAUCAAUGAGGGUGAGGCUACUACACUUCUUGUUGAUAAUUUUUUUGGGAUUAAUCUUGCAAAGAAUCCAAUUGCACACGGAAGAAGCAAGCAUAUAUAG